UUUAUCGAUUACUCACAUUUAUUGCAAGUGUUUACUAGACUUUCUAAUAUUUAAAUUUUAAUUUUUUUACAAAUUUUAUGGAUGAUCAAAUAUUUUGGGUAGUUGGUCCAGCGAUUUUAAUAGGCAUUUAAAAUGCUUUGUGGCUUUAUAUGUGAAACUUUUUUCUCCACCACAGAAAAAAACCAAGAAUAAUAUCUAAAGAUAAUAUUAAUAUAAUAAAAAUAAAAAGGGAAAUCAAUAAUGAAGAGCCACCACCCCUUCUCGGAUCAUCUUCUUCCACAUAUAUUAUCACAAUUAUUUUGAUUUUCUUUUGAAAUAUUGCAAUAGAAGAAUUUUGAGUCAGAAGUAGACGUUUCCUCGUUUUUCAGCUGUCUGUCUGUAUGAAUCUUCUGACACACUUUGUUUUCAAUCUAAAACACACAUCUUUGUCAGUCUGAAAAAAAGUUAGAGAUUUUUUUGCAAGAAUGAUGAAGAAAUGUAGUAACUGAAAUCAAGGCCAAUUUAAUCCCAACACUUCUCUUCACUGUGUGUUGUGUGUGAAAAUUAAGUCUUUUUUUUUUCUGAAUGGCGAAGUACUUUCACGGCGAUACAGAAAUGCAAGGGAACGGCGACGUUUUACAAACCCUUAUUCUCAACCAGCAGCACCUUCCGGCGCCGCCCUCUGCCGCCAACUCCAUCUUCCUCAACCCUUCUCAGAUUCACUGCAACAGCGGCGGUGUGGCGGCGCGUGAAGUGAAGCGGGGACUCUCCCUGAGCCUUUCCUCAGCGCCGGAGAGAGAUAGGGUUUUCGGGGGAGAGGAGAAGGCGGCGCUGAGUUGCAAGUAUUUGAAGGCGGCGCAGCAGCUUCUUGAUGAGGUUGUGAAUGUAAGGAAGGAGGCCGAGAAGGGUAGGGAAUCAGGUAAAGAGGAGCUGAGGAAUGAUGCGGAGGCGGUGGCUGGAGACGGCGGGGCUGAGCUUACUACGGCGGAGAAACAAGAAAUUCAGAUGAAGAGAGCUAAGCUUGUUGAUAUGCUCCAUGAGGUUGAGCAAAAGUACAAGCAAUACGAAGAGCAAAUGCAGAAGGUGAUAAGCUGGUUGGAGGAAGCAGCCGGCGUCGGAUGUGCCAAAACCUACACUGCUUCGCCAUUGGAAGCAAUCUCAAAGCAGUUCCGCUCCCUCAAAGAUGCAAUAAUGCAACAAAUCCGACGUCGAACCACUAACUCAGGGCUCAAAAUGGAGGCUUCAACCUUCCAAAUCAACAAUCCAUGGCGACCUCAGAGAGGCUUGCCGGAGAAAUCUGUCUGCGUUCUUCGCGCUUGGCUCUUCCAACACUUCCUCCACCCUUAUCCUAAAGAUUCGGACAAGGUCAUGCUUGCCCAGCAGGCAGGACUUACUAGAAGUCAGGUGUCUAACUGGUUCAUCAACGCCCGCGUUCGCCUCUGGAAGCCGAUGGUGGAGGAGAUGUACGCGGAGGAGAUGAAGGCACAGCAGCAGACGCCCAAGAGUGAACACGAAAACGAGGGUUUGGUGGACGAAAAUGCAAGUUUAACUGCCAACAACAGCAACAACAACGCGGGUUUCAGCCUCAUCGGAUCAUCAGAAAUGGACAGUGUCGCCACAGAGUGGAUGAGGAGCUCAAAGAAACCGCGAAAUGCUGAAGUUGUGUCGCGUUCCCCAUCGAUGAUUGUGUCUGAAGUGGAGAACCAACACAUUACUACCAUAACUGGGGCGCCUGCGAAUUUCUUCGGGGUGUAUGAUCCGGUUGUGGGGAUCGAGCAGUUCCAACAACCCUAUUCGAGGAACAGUGUUUCGCUCACGUUAGGGCUCCAGCACUGUGAGAACCUCUCCAACCAAAGCUUUAUAUCAAGCAGAAGCGUUGAGGCUUCUGCUCAAGGGAAUGAUUUUGUUUAUUACUAGCAAUAUAGGGAAAAAGGAGUUGAUGCAUUAUGAUUAGUACUAUUUCUUGAUUGGGGGUUUGUAUAGUGAUUUUGUUGAGACCAAUGUAUUGUUGGGUGGUAUAGAAGAAAUAAUAAUGGUUGCUUUGUUUUA